AUGGCGGAUUGGUGGGUGUGGGCAUUGGUUGCGAUCGCCGUUGUAGUGAUAUUGUUCGAGAUCCUCGCGUGGGCUUGCCGACCGAAGCGAAUCUCGUUAAGGGGCAAGGCCGUGCUGAUAGUGGGUGGUUCGAGCGGCAUAGGGCUGUGCAUAGGAGAACUGGCAGUGCAGCAGGGAGCGAGGGUGGCGGUCGUUGCUCGCAACAAGGAGCGAUUGGCCUCAGCACACACGCAGCUGGAGGCCUUGCUUCCACCCGACACGCCCUCGUCCGAUUUCCUCCUGUCCGUGGCAGCCGAUGCGGCGAAUUCGGACGAUGCAACGAGAGCCGUCGAUCAAGUGGUGGCCGCGUUUGGACGGUUGGAUGUGGUGAUCUGCUGCCAGGGGCAGAGCACCCCGCAUCAAUUUGAAUUUGACACCGUGGAGAAUCAGCAACAGCUCAUGAACGUCAACUACUGGGCGUCGGUGUAUGUGAUUCGAGCAGCCCUGCCAGUAGUGAAGAGGGCAGGCAAGGAGGGGCGAAUAAUGCUGGUGUCGUCACAAGCAGGGCAGGUGGGUAUAUAUGGUUAUACUGCUUACUCAGCUGCCAAAUUCGCUUUGAGAGGACUGGCAGAGGCGCUUCAAAUGGAGCUGGUACAUGUGGGGACGCGGGUUGUGAUGCUGUUCCCUCCCGACACUGACACGCCUCAGCUGCAGCAAGAGAACGAGACCAAGCCUGCAGUCACCAAGGCCAUCACACAAGGCAACAAGCCCUUCCCCCCUAUGGCGGUCGCGAGAGCUGCGAUCUCAGCCGUUGAACGCGGAGAUUUCCUCGCUCCCGUCGGAUUCGACGGCUGGAUGCUCAGCAUCGCCACUGCGGGCAUGUCCCCCUGUGUAUCGCUCAACAAGCUCUUUCUGGAGCUGCUUCUAGCGGGGCCGUUGAGGCUGGUGGCAGCAGCAACAGUGGCGGGCUUUAAUGCGAGUGCAAGGAGGUGGCAUAGAAUUAACCACGGCAGAGGAACGCAUGAAGAUCACAAGAAAGCAU